CUCCGGAUGGACGAACCCCACCCUCGCCCAUAGAUUUGCGUCAUGGGAAUCCCUCAUCUGAUAGAUCGGAUCGCAUCUUUAUUACAUAUCUCAUCCGACUCCCAUUGUUGAAAAGGAUCUCAGUACAUAUACCACUUUUCUGUAUUUUCAUGCCGCCACUACAUGCCUUUCGACUGCCUUGGUACCACUCGUCGUUACCCCGGAUAUCUGCUGUGUCGAAAAGGCGGAAGGGACGGAAAAUUGUUAAGUGAUUUGUGACGGAAUGGCUGGAUUCACAUCGUUAUCGCCAGCCGAUCUGGUCGGCACCAUCGCCAACCCACCCGAGCUAGACGAGUCCGAGUACCUCGAUCAAGUUUUUGGGAUAACGACUGAAGAUGCCACCGCUACCGAGGCCGAGAUCGAGAAGAGCUUGACAGCAAAGGCUUCGAGUCUGGGUAUCGAUGUCUCGAACCUCACCGACAAGCUUGGAAAUCCCACUGUCUUGGGCGCCACGUCGGCCAGAAGCAGCACCCUCGUCGGCCACCAGCGCUCCAACACAAUAUGCUCGAACGACAGUACGACGGGCACGGAAACGGCCACGGGCACCGAUAAUGAUCUGGCCUCGAACUCGUCGGCGGCAAUGCCGGCAACUCUCACACAGUCUACGAGCAGGAAGAGGUCCAACACUGUCAACUUUUCUCAGUAUGAGAAGUACUUGACGCAACUGGAACCCGCACUCCACCAGCCAAAGUUCUCCAACCCGUUCUCCAACCCAGCAGCACCCUCAAGGCGGCUGUCGCACAACAUCUUGAAUGGCUUCGGGCACUUCAAGGGCGUCAGGGAGCUCAGGCGCAGUGUCACGGGCAGGUUGAAGAGGAGGAAGACGGACCCGGCGCUAUCAGUCGUCACCUGUAUAUGCUGUCGCGAAGACUUCGCCCAAGGGAACCAACUCCUCCAAACGCUACCAUGCGGCCACACCUACUGCCAAAACUGUCUAGCCGUCAUGAUCAACCAAUCCACCACCGACGAGUCCAAGAUGCCGCCCCGCUGCUGCACCCAACCCAUCCCCAGCUCCAUCAUCAAGACGAUCCUCACGCGCGAGGAGCAGCAGGCCUUCCUCAAGGCCGUCCUGCAGUACAGCACGCCCUGGGAAUCGCGCAUCUUCUGCCCGAACCCGGCCUGCGGCGAGUUCAUCCCGCCCCGAGCCAAGCUCGACCCCAAACACCCGUUCGAAACCAUGUGCAAGACGUGCAAGAUGCGCGUCUGCCUCACCUGCAAGCGCAGCGCGCACCGGCUAGGGCAGGACUGUCCCGAGGACAUCGAGCUGGAGACGGUGCUCAAGAUGGGCGAGAAAUCCGGGUGGCGUAGAUGCUACAAGUGCCGCAACCUGGUUGAGCUCACGCAGGGGUGCACGCACAUGACGUGUCGGUGCAAGGCGCAGUUCUGCUACAUUUGCGGUGCGGUAUGGGACCCCGUGGUGGGGUGUCCCAACUUUUGCAAUGGCGAGGAGGAGCUCGAGCGGCGCAGGAGGGAGGAGGAGACGCGGCUCGCGGAGCUGGAGCUGAAGAAGCGGGAGCAGGAAGAGGCGGCGGUGGCGGAGGUGAGGGCGCAACAGCAGGCGGAACGGCGGACGAGGGAAUGUGCCGAGUUUCAGGCGCUGAGGGAACAGCAAGACCACGAACUGUCCAGGUUUUUGGCGUACGAGGCCAGGAUGCGGAAGGAGAUGCGGACGCGGCAGUCGGACAAGAAGAAGGCGCUUUUAGAAAAAUACGCGGAGCUCAUAGAGAAGAUGAAAGAGCGCCAUGCGAAAACGGAGCAGCACCUCGAGGACCGGCAGAUCGAGGCCGAGAUCGAACUCCGCUCGACGCUGGACGCAUCGGAGCGGAGCAUCCGGAUACAGCUCAAGUACAUGGAGGCGUACUGCAAGAAGCUUUCACAUGAAGUCGAGGAAAUAAACGAGAAGGAACAACAAGCGCUACAGGACUCCAAGAUGCCCUCGAGGGAAGUCACCCAAAAACACCUCGACCAGCUAAGCGAGCAGUACCGCAUCCGCGACGGCAUGGAACGGCGGCACCAGGCACAGAUCAACGUGCUGCGCGAGAAACAAGGCAAGAAGAUGGAGCAGCUGCUCGACCGGCACGAAGACGAGAUGGAGGCGCUCCUGCAUAAAAAAUCCGAAGAAAACGAGGACCUCGCCGUCGAGUUCGCCAACGAGGCAGACGCCAUCUCCCACACUUUUGCCGAGAGGAAGGCCAAGCUGCAGAAGAGGUGGCUCGUUAGCAUGGAGAUUCUGAGGAUCGAGCAGGAGAAGAAGACUGGGAUGCGGUACGCCUCCAUGGCUUUGCCGCAGUGGCCUUCUCCUGUUGCGACUGAGAGCGAGGAGGCGGAGACAGAGACGGAAACCGAAAAUGAGGAAGAAGAGGAAACGACAGCUGCCGCCGCUGCUCAGGAAGAGGAAGAGGAGGAGGAGGAGCAAGAAAUUAUUGAGCUCGAACAACCCAAGGCUGAAUCCGAAGAAGUCGAAGUGGAAAAGGAGAAGGAGGAGGAGAGGCCCGCCGCUGACUGGUCGCCCAGUAACAACAACAUCAAGACCACCGAGAUCGAACUACCGAUAACACCCAAGACGGUGACGCCGGUGGUGACCCCGACACAAGCUCGGUUCGACGCUGAGCUGCGCAGGUAUAGGUCGCGAACACAGAUGAAUGUGGCUCCGGGAGAGGAAUCACCGGUAUCACCAUUUACUGUGCGCUGAUUCCGACAACAACCUUACUUAUCAUCAUUAUUAAUUGCACCAUUUCGAUACCCUUACGUUCAACAAGUUUUAUCAUCAUUCAUACCAUAACAUAACGACUACCAUUUUAUCAAUCCUACCACCCACCACCAACCAUUCAUCAAGCAGACUGUCAGCAAAUCAUCAGCAUCAC